CAAAAAGUUCCCCCAACGACCCACCUUCACCAAAACAUCUCGAGCACAUUCACUCCUUACGGCUAUUGGGGCAGUCCUUCAUUUUCUCGCGACUUUUAAUAUCCCGAAGGGUCUCCAACUCCGUAUUGCGUCCUAGAUUGUCUGUUUUCAAUCACCACCACAAUGAACGUUCCUCCCCCGCAGCCAGGGCAGCAGCCCACACCUGAACAAAUCGCCAUGAUGCAGCGGCAGCUAGCGGCUGAAGCGCAGAAGCGCGGUAUCACGGUCCCUCAAUACAUCGAGCAACUCAAAGCACAGGCCUUUGAGCAGCACCAGAUGCAGCAGCAACAGCAACAGCAACAGCAACAGCAACAGCAACAGCAACAAAAUCAGGCGCAAGGACAAGCAAUGCCAAUUAAUCCCGGACCCCCGAAUCCCGCUGCCCUAGCGGUCGCAAACUUCCUUAAGUCUCAGGACCUAAAGCCGCGGACUUGUAUCCUAGAUGAGAAGAGAAAGGACAUGUUCAGAGUCAAACGAGCGAUUCGCGCACUACAAAGCCCCGCGUAUGUCAAAGCCCGCUCUAAGAACCCUCUCCUGCCCGAAGUCACCGAUCGCGCCAGCGCCGAGAACACAUUCAAGCUCCUUCCGCUUUCCCUUCUAGCUCUUCGCGUUUCGAAGGUUGACCCCGAGCAUGGCCAUGAGGGCCACAACCAUGCCAAGCCUAAGCGCGUUAAAGGACUCUGGACCGUAAGAGUCGAGCAACACCAGGAAGCUGAGGAUGAACACCACUAUGUGUGGCUAUACGAGGGUUCACAGUGGAAGCAAAAGUUGUAUGCCGUUGGAGCGCUAUUGCUUGUCAUUGCCGUGGUCUUAUUCCCCCUCUGGCCUCUCUUCAUGAGGCAGGGAGUGUGGUACUUGAGUAUGGGCAUGCUAGGAUUGAUCGGCCUGUUCUUCGGGAUGGCCAUCUUCAGGUUGAUUCUCUUCAUCAUCACCAUGUUUGCGGCCCCACCCGGGCUGUGGCUGUAUCCGAACCUCUUCGAGGAUGUCGGAUUCUUCGACUCUUUCAAGCCAGUUUGGGCAUGGCAAGAGACCGCUGAGGACGUCAAGGCCAAAAAGCUCGCAAAAAAGCAGCGCAAGCAGGAGAAACUGGCGGCGAUUGCCAGCGGAAAACCGAAGGGAAAGAAGGGUGCGGCUGGCACGUCUCCAGUUCCUGAGCCCGCAACACCUGCCCCAGUCAAGACUGCACCAGUCGAAUCUGCUCCCCAACCUACUGGUUCCGCUCCCGCUACAGAGACGGGUACAGUCACCCAGCGCCCCCGACACGCUACUGUCGAGGAAGUCGAGGAUGAGUAACUCCUUCAACACUCCAUCCUACUUCCUCGGUACGUAGAUAAUGUCAUACCUCGAGUCCCCUCUUUGUUUUCGCAUUUAAAGGAGCAGUUUGAUGGGCGUUUCGGUGCUUGGGAGGGAUCGAUAUUGGGAUCAUAAUCAUGAGCGGAGUGGGAAAAGUUGCCUGGAUGGUUGGUUCGCGACUGAUGGGUCAUUUUCGGAUGACAGGCAGGCUGACUGUAUUAUACUGAUCCUCCAUUUGUCUUUAUAACAACCCUUGCACUUGCGUUGGUCUUGAAUCCCGAACGAUCU